AUGACGACAUCAAAACGAAGAUAUUCGAUGGCUUGCUUUCAUCGUACAAACGCAAGGACGACCUCAUCACUAUCGCCUGUGCUCUUUCGCAGCUCGCUGCCCAGAGAUGGGACAAUGAUUGAUCUGAUUGCACGAAUAAAAGAACAUCUUACAGGAAAUCCUGACUGUCAGUCAGCUAAGGUUUGCAGGACUUCUUGUGGGCAAACAAACGAGUGCCGCCGCGGCGUCGGCAGCUUCAAUUUCAAGUCAACCGCAGAGUUUGGCACAAGAACUUCCUGCAACCUCUGGUUCCUCACAGCCUGGGCACGCGCUACCACCACAUUUUAUGUAUCUGCCAUCUCACUGGUGUCAGUAUUCCCGCAUCACAUCCACCUCAAGAAAUUUCCAACCCUACCUUCUGUAUCUGUACCAUUUCCGUUGGACGGCACGCGCUCUUGGCAUUGUCCAGAACGACGACAGCCGACAGUUGUCGCACUCUUGGGAUAUAAAGAGACACUUUUGAGGAGUACAAGUUCUAUACUCAUGACUGAAUUCUACUACGACUGCGCUACAUACAGUCACUACCGAACUGGGACGUGGCAACUAUACCCUGGGAUCACACAGAAGUUGGACGUCCAUCGCACAUUUCGCAGCUCGAUCCUGUCAUUCACACUCUUCGUCGAUUACUUCCAUCUCCAUCUGUUUUGCUGUGCUUUAUACUGACAUAUGAUAUGAUAUUCCAUUGACCUACGGU